AUGCCAAAACUCCGCACACUCCCCUUCUGGCUGGCCAUUAAAGUGUUUAUUAGACGCAUUAUCUACAAGCUGAAGACGCCCCUUAACUUACGAGGGAGUAUUGCUAUCCUUCGACACAAUCACAAGCAUCCAUAUCUCACGCUUCUCCGCCUGUUUGUGCCGUGGCCGACAUGGCGGUUUCCAUUACCAGAGCCGGUACCCGCGAAGGAAAUGUUGGGGAAUGAAGCCCUGAUGAACCGCCGGCGUUGCAGCUUUAACAAGUAUAUGUCUGUGCCUAUUUGGCGUAUACGGGAUACCCCCUUACGGUCCCUCCAUCGACUAUACGAAUCCAUGGCUUCUGGUGAAUAUACCCCUAUAGGCCGAGAGACUGAGUACUUUUGGUACAGGGGUUGGCCACUCGAGACAAUCGAGGAUCCCCAGGAUCCAGAUCCUAUACGAUACGCGAUUAUUGCAUCUCUUGUAGAAGAGCUUGUCACUGCAUUCAACUGGAGACUAAGCUUAGGGAUGAGGAGAGAUCACCAACACGUCCUUAGAAGCUCCGAUGAUGACCCGUACCCACCGUAUAUACCACUGUCUGGCCCCACGUGGACUGAACAUGUCCCCCCGAUCAUGCCAGAACACCUAGAAUGUCUACCUUUGGGGUUUACAAAUGAAGAGCACCAACUUGUGCUUGAAGAGAAAGGCUGCAACAAGAUAUUUCUGAAACGCAAUAUCGUUACUAAUGUUGGCUGGCUCUACACUAUAUGA